CUCCGCCGUUCCCGUGGUGCCGCGGGGCGGAAGAUGGCGGCGGGCGCGGGCUCGCUGGUGGCGGCGGUGUUGGCCCAUUCGGGCCGCCUGGACAAGGAGGAUUUGGGCACCCGCAUCGGGCGGCUGUCCCGCCGUGUGGAGGAGCUGAAGGGCGAGGUGUGCACCAUGAUCACCAAGAAGUACAGCGAGUUCCUGCCCGGCAUGCAGAGCGCCGAGGAGCUGGUGGUCAGGGUGGACGGGCUGUCCCGCAGCAUCGACCUGCUGAGGGCCGGCGUGGAGAACGAGGUUCAGCGGGACCUAAACGUUGCUGUGGCUGAAUUCACUGAACUGAAGCAGCAGCUGGAGCAGGACACGCUGGUUCUGAGCAUCCUGAAGAAGCUGCAGGAGUUCGAUACAGCUCUGAAAGAGUACAACACUGCACUGCUGGAAAAGAAGUACAUUGAAGCAGCUCAACAAUUGGAAAAGGCACGAAGCAGCCUGAAAAUGCUGGAAUCCCGCAAGGGCUUUGAGCUGAAGAUCCUGAAAGCACUGGGCACAGAGCUCACAGUGCAGACACAGAACAUGCUCUAUCAUUUAGGAGAGGAAUGGCAGAAAUUGGCUGUGUGGAAGCUUCCUCCUUCUAAAGAAACCAUUGGCCCGGAGUCAGUGAUGCAUUCAGAAUUGCACUUAUGCACACUGCCAUCAAAAGAGGAAGAGAUUGCAGGCCCACCUGUUGCUUCUGUGCUGCAGGCUUUUGCUGUCCUUGGAGAACUGCGCACCAAGCUGAAAACUUUUGGCAAGCUGUUGCUGAAAUACAUCCUCAAGCCACUGAUUUCAUACCCGUUUCUUCAGCCAUUCAUAGAAGAACAGUCAGAUGUGGUCAUCCUAAAGUUCAAGUCAGAGAAGCCUGACUUGGAUCAUUCUUCUCCUGUGGAGGUUUUUGACAAGAUAAAGUUUGUUCUUGAAGUUCUUCACAAAUACCUGCUGAAUGUGCCCGUUGAGCAGUGUGUGGAAGAUAAAAAGGAGUGCAGAGUUACGCUGGCAGAACUGCUGGGUGAUAUGAUAUGGGAAGAGCUGUCAGACUGCCUCAUUCAGAACUGUCUGGUGAAUUCAAUCCCAACCAACAGCAGCAAAUUGGAGCAGUAUAUAGAGGUGAUUAAAUCCACAGAGGAAUUUGAAAAAGCCUUGAAGAAAAUGCAGUUUUUGAAUGGAGACACAACAGAUUUACUGAAAUACGCCCGUAAUGUCAAUUCCCACUUUGCUAACAAGAAAUGCCAGGAUGUGAUUGUGGCAGCCAGAAACCUGAUGACCUCAGAAAUACACAAUACUGUAAAGAUCACACCUGAUUCCUGUGUAACCCUACCAAAACUUCCUGAUCCUGGGUCUGGAGAUCAUGUUAAAAUGCAAAAGACUUCUAAACUCCUUCCUAACGAGAUGGUCAAUUUGGAGAAUGACUCUAAACUGAGCCAGUACACGUUUUCUUUGCCCACGUGCCGCAUCAGUGCAUCAGUGGAGAAGCUGAUGGAGCUGGCUUAUCAGACACUGUUGGAGACUACAGCCAGCACAGAUCAAUGCUGCAUACAGCUCUUCUACUCCGUGCGGAACAUAUUCCAGCUGUUUUAUGAUGUAGUACCAACAUACCACAAAGAGAACCUCCAGAAACUACCCCAGCUCGCAGCUAUUCACCACAACAACUGCAUGUACAUUGCUCACCACCUGCUCACCAUGGGACAUCAGUUCCGGUACCGCCUGACCAGCAUCCUGUGUGAUGGAGCAGCUACUUUUGUAGACCUGGUACCUGGCUUUAGGAGACUUGGGAUGGAGUGUUUUCUGGCCCAGAUGAGAGUACAGAAAGGAGAAAUUCUAGAGAGGCUGUCAAGUGCCAGGAAUUUUUCUAAUAUGGAUGAUGAGGAAAAUUACUCUGCAGCAAACAAAGCCAUAAGGCAGGUAUUGCAUCAGUUGAAAAGAUUGGGGAAAGUCUGGCAAGAUGUCCUUCCAGUGAAUGUGUACUGCAAGGCUAUGGGCACCUUACUGAACACAGCACUCUCUGAAAUUGUCACUAGGAUUGCUGCCCUGGAGGAUAUCUCUGCAGAAGAUGCAGAUAGGCUGUACUCACUCUGUAAGAUCAUGGUGGAGGAGGGACCUCAAGUUUUCACUCCACUGCCUGAAGAGGACAAAAACAAGAAAUACCAAGAGGAGGUUCCAGUCUAUGUGCAGAAGUGGAUGACAUUCAAAGAGCUGAUGAUCAUCCUGCAGGCCAACCUCCAAGAAAUAGUAGAUCAGUGGGCAGAUGGGAAGGGACCUCUUGCAGCUGAGUUCUCCCCAGCAGAAGUGAAGAGUCUGAUCCGAGCCUUGUUCCAGAACACAGAAAGGAGAGCAGCAGCACUGGCCAAGAUCAAAUAGCUCUGUUAUCUCCUACACGUUGCAUCUUCUGAUAAAGCGACAGUGAACUGAAUCUUUUAACUAUUUCUUUUAGAUUUGACCUUUCUUGUACUGGACUAUAAAAAGCAUAGCUUUGGGUAUGUGCUUCCUGGGGGCUUGACUGGGGGAGAGGUUUCCUAGCUCCCUGUAUGUAGGGCAAAUGGUUUGGCUCUGUGAGUCUCAGACCAGGAAAUCAAAGUGAGUAGCACAUGAACACUAACUGCUUCUGCUCCAUCUGCCAGGCAGGUGGAAUUUGGGCUUGAAAAUGCCAUUUCCUCCCUGGAGGUAUUAUGCACAGAUCCUAGGUUUUGCUUUGAGCUGGUGGGUGUACAGUCCUGGUAAAGAAGAGAUGCUUUCUGUGGUGUCUGCUAAAUCCUCUUGGAUUUCAUCUUUCUGUAAGCCCAGCAUAGGCAAAUAAAUCAAGUCUUCUCUCCAGCUUCUCUUUGUGAGAAUGAGCAGUGCUGGCAGAUGGGGCUGUCAGUGCAGCAUGCUGUACGUCAUCUCAAGCUUGUUUGCCUAAGGGACUUACAGAGGGAUUUCUAUUUCUCACUCAUCAAUCUUUUUUACCUACACAGUUUUACAUCAGGGGCCAUGUAGCCCCUUUGUCUCUUACCUCGUCUGUCCCUGCGAAAUACAGAUGAAACCACCAUUGGUGAUAGCAUUUGGUCUCCUAAGAAUGCUCAGGUGCCAAAUUUUGCUCUUCCCCACCUGUUCUGCUCAGGUUUCCCUGCAGAGCAGACCUUGAAAGAGUGAAACUGGAGGUGGGGAAGAGGAGACCUCAUUCCACGUCAGCUGUUUACCGGGUCAGAGUGUUUUGCACAAGUGGCAGAAUUCCUCAUGGCUUUAUUUCUCAUAGCAAAUAUCUUAAACCUGACUUUCUGUCUACAGUCUCACUGCCAGCUAUGAAAGCCAUUCUGCUCCUUCCUUUCCCCUUCUGUUAAUGAAGCAGUAGGUCUGGCGUCUGUUGUCUUUGCAGUGGUAACUUUUCUGUCCUUUAAGGAUGAGAUAAACGUAGAUAAUCUGAGAAGGGAAUUAAAUGUGCACUCACAGCAUUGUCUUUUACUUUAGGGAAGGCCACGCUUAAGACUUCGAGAAAUGUAUGUUUAUUUUAAUUGGAAAACUCAUCAAUAGCUGUUGUUGAACCAUAGCCCCGAGGCCACAUGAUGCACAAAAACUAUUUCCUACCAUGUAAUGCUUGCAGACAAAAGUUUCAAUCCUUGAGAGCUAAAUAUUUUAAUACUGUUGUAUCCUUUUCAUUUGGACUUUGAUCUGAAUUCUCUUUGCAUUCCUGACCAUGGGUGCAGUUCUCGGCUUCCAGCUGCAGAACUCAGCAGCUCACACCACAUCCAGCCUGCAAGAAGGCAGCAGGGAUGGCAGGCAUCACUUGGACCUCCAGCUUUUCCUUUUUUCUUGUGUAUAAUUUCCCCCCUUCCCCUCCACACAAUUCAGCCAAGGGCUCAGAAUGUUCCCACACCACUUGCAUCUCCUGGGGAGUCCUUGUCCUUUUCCACAUAGCAGUCAAUAAAAAACCAAACGCCACUUCUCCCAUGGGCAUCAUUCACAGAAAUGCAAUUUGCUAUUUUCUUUAAUAAACUAUUUAUACUGGC